AUGUCUGAUCGGAUCUUCUAUAUUCACUCUAACUUGUCCUCUGUCCCCUGGGAGUGCAGCACAGCAGCAGCAGUGGCUCCCACUUUUCCUCCUACACCUGGUCAUUACCAUGUCCUCUACCGAGGGUGUGGAGAAACCCAGGUAGGCUGGCAUGGGGAGACAUACUGCCUGGUUGGUGGCUACCGGACCUAUGGGGAUGCUCCUGUGGCCACCCCAGUGAAGGUGGAAGCAAAGAAGCCAGUCCCCAGACGGGCUCCCAAGAGACGUCGACUUCUGGAGGAGUCAGACAAAGAUCUAGGUUGUUCCAGCUCCAAAAUGCAGCGAUUGCAGCACGGUGGCAGGAGGCUGACCCAGCAGAAGCUUGCUGGCUAA